CGAUCCCGCCAGCGAUUCAACAGGGCUAGUCCGUAUCGUGACUGGCCCAUUGUGACGCUUCGGACGACCCCCCCACUUCAUCCGAUUCAUCGUUCCGCGUUCGUCUGACCAAAAGAUGGCCUCCCCUCUUGCCGUUGGGAAGCUGACCAUCCGCGUCCGUAACAAAGCCAACAGCACAGUGCAUGUCCGCGUCUGCGACGCAAGGGAGCGUGACGUGGUGGAGCAGGACGUAGAGAGAGUGGUGGAGAAGGAGGAGAAGAUGAUGCUGGGGGGCGGUGUCAAAGCCGAGUUUGGCGGCGUGGAGAUCGGUGUUGAGGCCAAAAGGGGGAAAGACACACGUACGCCGGCAUACACUGAUGCAAUGGACCCUUCAAGUUGGCAGGAAAACCCUUGUCGUCCUCCGACUGUCUUCAGGUGAAAAGACCGAGGAGAAGGCAUUUGUUCGCAUUCAGUACGGCAAGCUGAAGGAGUCACGCGACUGGUGAGGGGCGUGAGGAAGUACGUUGUCGUCAGCUAUGUACGCUGGUGUCAUCUUACCCCGCAGGACGACAAUCGAUCCCGGCAGAGAGGCUUUUUUGUCGAGUUUCGAGUCGCCAUACUUCUCUGUUUUCAUUGAGGACUCGCCAUACCAGAUGCUCAACCAGCUCAUACACCCAGAAGACCACCCUAAUGGCAUCGUGAUUACAAGGGUGAGGUGAAACCAAUGGACUUCCAAGACACUUGAUUCAGGUGUAAUGCUAACUGUCCCUGUUCCAGGCCAACCCUCCAUAUGUGUCUUUCCUGACCGAUAUUAUCGAGGCGGCAAACAUCGAAGCCAAAGAGGCUCCCUUUCGCUUGAACAACGUGGCCACAAAGCUUGUCCUGACAUCGGCAAAGAGCAUGGCCCUCGGCGCAUCAGUCGGAGUCGAAAAGAAGAGAAGCCGCGAGACACAUGAAGAGGCCGACCCCUCGCAACUGUGGAUUCGGAAAAUUGAUCCGCUCUGCCGUGCGGGUACAUUCCGUUUGGUGCCGGUGGCGUUUGACACAAAGACGCUGGCCGUGAGCCCGCUGAUGGAUAACAAGCUGGUCGUUGCUCCCCUAACGGUCGAGACAGACCCUCAAGACAAUCAGAAAGAAGCAAAGUUUCAGCAGUGGAUCAUGGUGCCGGCCGAGACGCAAGACAUCGUCCAGCCGACGAUGGGCCUAUGUGGCGUGCUGUGCUGUCAGCCCUCCAAGGGACAGCUGCUCGUGUCGCCCGACAUGCAAUUCGAGCAGGGGCCGGAGCAGAGGAGGGGGAGCAGUCAGUUCGACGAGCACACGGUGACCAUCAAGUGUGUCGGGCUGCCGGACUAUGUGAUGAGUGUCAAGACAUUGGGCAGGAGCAACAGUCUGGCGCUGACCAAAAAGGACGACAAAGGGAUCCCAAUGGAGGCCUUGUGGCGCUGCAGCCAGCCGAAUAAAGCCAAGAAGGGUAACAAGAAACGAUACAGACUACAUGGACCUCAUGUACGCCGUCUAUAACUCCCAUGUCCAGAUGUGCUGAAGGUGGCUGCCGUGGCUGCCGCGACGGAAGCCGAGGAGGUCGGCGAUAUGCACUGACUGAAUGGCGGCAUAAAUGAUAGUAUCAUACUGCUUGCCGUCUGUGUCUCGCAGGUGAAUCUGUUUGAGGCUUGUGCGGAGGGUAAUAAAGAUGCCGUCCUGCGAGUCAUCAAAGCCAAAGGCGUCAAGUGCCUGCAGGAAUCCGACAAGGCAAGACACCGCUGUGCUGUGUCCUCGAUGGUGCGAACAUUUGUCUUUGGUGGAUUUCAGGAAGGCUUCACGCCGCUGCACUACGCCGCACAGAACGGCCACGCAGACAUCUGCAGAGUCAUUGUACUUGAAGGCGGCAAAGACCUCAUCAAAAAGCAAACAAAAGUCAUGGUGCGCUCUCACAUACCGCCACUAGCAGUGUCAAUGGCGUCUGAUGCAUCAUCAUGAUUGCUGUCAGAACGAGCCUAUUGUGUUGCAUUUGGCAGUCGCAAAGGGUCACGUGGGGGUAGUGACGGCGCUGCUCCAGCUGGGAGGGCAUGGUGUGUUGACGCUCAGAAACAAGGUGAACGAGUGAGAACCAGUGCUCAUCAAUGUGAUCAGUGUCAGCGUCCCUUCCUUUCCGCUGCCUAUGUCCGAGUAUGUCGGUAAUGUUUGGCUGCAGUACAACAGUACACCCUUCCACACUGCUGCGCUGACUGGUCAAGUUGCUGUGUUGAAGGCGAUGCACGCCAAAGGGGGCAAUCUGGACCAGCAGGGCAAUGUAGGCGAGGUGGGGGAGGCACACAAGGCUGCAACGAGAUGUCGACCUCUCUGUAUAUGGGUGCAGGGUGGCUUCUUUGCCAUCCACAUGGCAGCUAUGAAGGGUCAUGUUGAUGCGGUCAACCUGUUGGUGGAGCUGGGCGGGACAAAGGAGCUCCAACGCCGGGGCCUGGUCUUUCCAUCACAUACAACACAUCGCCAGGGUCUUGCACUGUGUGCUGUGAUGGUUGUGUAGAACAACAGCACGCCCUUCAUCAUCGCUGCGCUUUGUGGUCACGUCGGUGUCCUGAGGGCCAUGCACGCCAAAGGGGGCAAUGGGCUGCUGGACUAAAAGGGAGGCGAGGUGGGGGAAGAAAAGAUUGGCAGACGAUUGACGGCUUUGAUAUGGUUUCUUUAUUUUUGUGCAGUACGGCCGCUAUGCCAUCCACAUGGCAGCUGACAAGGGUCAUGUUGAUGCGGUCAAUCUGUUGGUGGAGCUGGGAGGGACAAACGAGCUCGAUCGGCGGACCCAGGUCUUUCCAUCACAUACAACACAUCGCCAGGGUCUUGCACUGUGUGCUGUGAUGGUUGUGUAGAACAACAGCACGCCCUUUAUCAUCGCUGCCAUGUUUGGUCAAGUUGCUGUCCUGAGGGCCAUGCACGCCAAAGGGGGCAAUGGGCUGCUGGACCAAAAGGGAGGCGAGGUGGGGGAAGAUUGCUGCAACAGACAGAUCUGUACUCCGGGUGUAGUUGUGUGCAGAUUGGCUACUAUGCCAUCCACAUGGCAGCUGACAAGGGUCAUGUUGAUGCGGUCAAUCUGUUGAUGGAGCUGGGCGGGACAAAGGAGCUCGAUCGGCGGACCCAGGUCUUUCCAUCACAUACAACACAUCGCCAGGGUCUUGCACUGUGUGCUGUGAUGGUUGUGUAGAACAACAGCACGCCCUUCAUCAUCGCUGCCAUGUUUGGUCAAGUUGCUGUCCUGAGGGCCAUGCACGCCAAAGGGGGCAAUGGGCUGCUGGACCAAAAGGGAGGCGAGGUGGGGGAAGAUUGCUGCAACAGACAGAUCUGUACUCCGGGUGUAUGUUGUGUGCAGGCUGGUUACUAUGCCAUCCACUGGGCAGCUUGCCAAGGUCAUGUUGAUGCUGUCAACUUGUUGAUGGAACUGGGCGGCCAUAAAGAACUCCACAAGCGCAAUGAAGUCACCGAAAACACACACAAUGCAUCAAGCUGUCUCACUGUUGUAAUAAUACCGCUCGUUGAUGGCCAAUGUUGAUGGCUGCUGUAGAAAAAUAGCACACCCUUCCACAUCGCUGCGCUGACUGGUCAAGUUGCUGUGCUGAAGGCCAUGCACGCCAAAGGGGGCAAUCUGGACCAGCAGAAUGAGGUGAGACAGGGCGAUAUCAACAGACAGAGCACAAUAGCGUCUUCAUCGUCUGUGUGCAGGACGGCAAUUUCCCCAUCCACUUGGCAGCUUGGAAGGGCCACGUUGAAACCGUCAAAGUGUUGGUGUCCUUCGAUGGCGUUCAGAUGCUCAGCAACAAAAACAAUGCGGUAUGAAUAUCGUGCCAAACUUAUCGCUUGCGUCUCAUCACAUGUGUUGCGUAUUAUGCAGGGCAAGACUCCACUGGACAUGGCGCAGAGUGACGAGAUGCGCAAACUGCUCAAACAGCUAAACUGGCAAAGAGUGACGACAUGAGCUACACAUAGCCAAUGUCUUGUUGGGUUUAGGCUGUUGUUCGUCGGUGUGUCGGUGUGUGUGUCGUUUCGGUGAUCUGCCUAGUAUGCCAUGUGUCUUGAAAUGACAAAAGAUGGUAUAGGGAGACUGAGCAAUCCUUGGCCGAGAGAGACACGCUGUGUCAGCUUGCACCGGUCUAUGCGAACCGGCACAACUAAGCAAUAGACACUCACUCGGUCACAUCAUCCAGCAGCGGCGCUUUGCAAAUGAGUGCAAAGAAUUUCUCAGGACGCUCGCCACAUCUGUGCUUGCCGCAUGGCUGUGUGGACUGAUGACUGCACGUCUUGCAAUAGAGGCUUGCCUUUUCUUGCAUUGCUGUCGAUCGUUUGUCUGUUUCGCGCAUAUAAACAAACCACUCAGUCGUGACACUAGCUCCGACAAAUUGGCAGUGUCUUGCUGGCUUGAUGUGUGGGCUGAUCUAUAGGACUGCUGUGGGCUGCCGCACAUGUCACCAAGACACACAGAGACAUCAUUUAACACAGAGACAUGAUUGAAAGAGCCAUUGCG